AUGUUUUAUCCCUGCAAAUGUCUCAAAGCUACUUAGCUUGUUGAUUUCUACGUACUAUUUGUCCAUAGAUCGUCUUAUAUUGUCCAGACCAUGAAGAAUCCAUGAAUCUCGGAAGUAUCCGUCGCUUUCUUAGUUCGCAGCUAAGCCCACCCAAAGAUGACAAAGUACCUAGCUUACGGACAUUAUGUCGGAUCACUAGAUCACUUGACUACGCAACAGAAAUCUCUUAUGUGCAAUACUUAGAUUUGUUUAUCACGAUUUGUUGUAAACUUCUCAUGUUAUCGACUCAGUUGUAUAAAUUAUUUUGACGUGUUUUACUGUAUUUGUUCAUGCGUUAUUCACCAUCUACCUGAAGUGAAGCUGUCGAAGUUUCUAUCAUUUCUGCUCAAAUUUAGUUGACAGGCGAAGCAAGCAGGGGAUGAAUCGCGAGGACGGUGGCAGUGAGAACGUGCCACUUUUGAGAGAUGACCGGGCGCAGCAGUCCUAUAUGGCAGGAGGAAGUGAUACGCUAGAUGAUGAAACACAUCCAGGAAGUGUUGAAAACGUAGAAGAAACUGGCGAGCGUCGUCCUACUGGAGCUACGGUGACCUGUCGCGUCUGUGAUGAACAGAUUGAACUCAAUGGUCGCGAUUCUCAGCAUGUUGUUAAAUGUAGUGCAUGCCACGAAGCAACUCCUAUUCGUCCUGCUCCUGCUGGAAAAAAGUAUGUACGUUGUCCAUGUAAUUGUCUUCUAAUCUGUAAAGCUGCAUCGACACGCAUUGCUUGCCCACGAGGAAAUUGUCGACGCGUUAUAACUCUUGGUCAUCGGGAACCGCAAGGUAGCGCUAUCCGUGCUCCAGCUGGAAGUUGCCGUGUUCAAUGUGUUCAUUGUUCUGAAGUGUUUCUAUUCAACACUCUCAGUAACAGCCUAGCUCACUGUCCACACUGCAAAAAGAAGUCAACUGUGGGUGGCUUUGCUCGACGACGUGCAUUGAUCUACCUUGUUACCGCCGUUACAACUCUACUUUUCAGCGUACUUCUGACUGUUAUGACGAUCAAUACUGCCGCUCAUCAUCCUGUUGUUUACGGAGCUUGGGCUCUUGCCUACCUUGUGGUCAUCUAUCUCCUGUACAAUUUCUUCAAAUAUUGGAUGGUGAAGCUGAGUAUCGUACUUGGGCCGAUAUAGAAGUUAUUUGUAUGAGUUUUACGUAUGAGGCUGGAGACCGUCCUUUUUCAGCUUUCUGUGAUUAAUUACAGAAAGCAAACCAGUCCACACCAAUUGAUUCUACUUUGAUCGUUCUUGAGAUUUGGUGCUGGCGUUCUCAGUUGCUUGCGACUAUAUUUUAACUAAUUGUAUUCCAUGAUCUGUAGCUUCUCUCUAAAUAUAUCCUUUUUUGUAUUAACAGUUGAAGUCACUUGUGAUAGGCUGGCGAUAUUGGUCAGCCGGCGCCUUUCAUGCGUUCUUUGCAUGUAUCUAUCACCUUUUGUUUAGACCUGCGUUUUCGGGAAUCAUGUAGCUCCCCUUACGGUAAUAUGAUUGAAACGUGUAGCUUUUCGGCGUUCCCUGUGUUCAGUAUGUCAGUAUCGUUCUUUCUUAUUUUGAUAAAUUCUGCAAUAUAUUUCGCUGUAUUCAUAUCAUCGGCU